AUGGCUGGUGGCAGCUUGGGGUGGGUGGUCCGGGAUGAGUUUAGGUGGUUUCGCCAUGAAGCCCUUCAUGCGGGGAACAGUGGCGAAAGUCCAACAAGGUUGGCAGUAGGUGAAGGUGGUGGUGGUGGAGGCAGAUUUAAAAAUCAUGAUAGAUGCUCUUCGGGGAGGAACCAAUCUUGA